CUUCCCUUUUCUUCUCGCCUGCACCUCCCUCAUCUUUCCUCUAUGAUGACAUCGCCCUGGGGAAGAGAAGCUGAGAGGAACUCCUCACUCAGCUAGCUUCAGGAGCCAUGACAUCAUCUCUACCAUGGAAAUUCCACUCACUCUCCUGUGCCCCCACAUUUGUCCUAGGCCUCAGAGUCCCUAUAAAGAGAGAUUCCCAACUCAGUAUCAGCACAGGACACAGCUGGGUUCUGAAGCUUCUGAGUUCUGCAGCCUCACCUCUGAGAAAACCUCUUUUCCACCAACACCAUGAAGCUCUGCGUGACUGUCCUGUCUCUCCUCAUGCUAGUAGCUGCCUUCUGCUCUCCAGCGCUCUCAGCACCAAUGGGCUCAGACCCUCCCACUGCCUGCUGCUUUUCUUACACCGUGAGGAAGCUUCCUCGCAACUUUGUGGUAGAUUACUAUGAGACCAGCAGCCUCUGCUCCCAGCCAGCUGUGGUAUUCCAAACCAAAAGAGGCAAGCAAGUCUGCGCUGACCCCAGUGAGACCUGGGUCCAGGAGUACGUGUAUGACCUGGAACUGAACUGAGCUGCUCAGAGACAGGAAGUCUUCAGGGAAGGUCACCUGAGCCUGGAUGCUUCUCCAUGAGACACAUCUCCUCCACACUCAGGACUCCUCUCCGCAGUUCCUGUCCCUUCCCUUAAUUUAAUCUUUUUUAUGUGCCGUGUUAUUGUAUUAGGUGUCAUUUCCAUUAUUUAUAUUAGUUUAGCCAAAGGAUAAGUGUCCCCUAUGGGGAUGGUCCACUGUCACUGUUUCUCUGCUGUUGCAAAUACAUGGAUAACACCGUUAAUUCCAUGUGUUUUCAUAAUAAAACUUUAAGAUAAAAUGCAAACAGUUUCUUUGUGAUUUUAAUUUGAUUUGGGGGUAAAAGGAAUUACCUGGUACCAUUGGGCGGUGGGGUAAGCUACAGUUUCCAAAAGCAGUAAGAAUCAGCAAUUGCUGAGUCCUUAAUAUGAGCUCUGGGCUGAACACUCUUAAUACAUAUCUCACUGCAUACUUUCAACAAGGGUUUUAACACCCUUAUGAAGUAGGGACUGUUGCCCCCAGUUUCACAGUUAAGGAAACAGAGGCACAGAGAGGUGAAGUGACUUGCUGAGGCUAGUAGGUCUGCUUGGGGAGUGUCAUGAAAAAAUGCCUUAAAAAAGGAGGUUAUCAUUUCAACAUCUUGGGGGGGAGUUGUAAAGAGGGGAAGCAGCACAGCAAAGGUGGAAGAAGAGUGAGAAAAGUGACUUCAUCAUCUUAUUAUCAGCAUAACAUUGGGAAAGUCAUCUUGCCUUAUUAGACCUCAGUGUUCACACGUGUGAAA